AACAUGGUUUCCCUGAGGACUGGUCUGUGGCAACUAAUUAUUCCCAUGAUUGUCCUGUCCCACUUCUCAGCAUCUCUUCCAUCCUGGGAGAGGACUGAGAGACACGCUGAUGGGCUCUUCCACAGUGAGCUCAGCAAGAUGAACGGCAAUGCCUAUGUGCAGCAGCUAGUCAAACACCUGGUGGGACUCAAGGAGAGGUCCCAGAGACACUCAGAUGGACUGUUUACCAGUGAAUACAGCAAGAUAAGAGGAAAUGCGCAGGUUCAGAAAUUCAUACAAAAUCUCAUGGGCCACAAGCGCAGCUCUCCAGGCCCAGUCAACAGAGAUGUGCAGGGGAGAGAGGAAGAAAACAGCCAUGAGAAACUUUGCUUUAUGUGGUUGUACCAGAGCUUUCUAAACACUAGCCACUUGGACAGCGAUGCCAGGGAAGCUGCUGCGGUUACCAGCCAGUACAUUUGCCCCAUCUCUAAGCAGCUGGUUGCAGACAUGAAGGAAAAUACAGAGAGUUUUGACUGA